CCGCUCAGACGGUCGUAUAAAACGUCUUGGACUCGUGUUCGUUGUAGUUAUACCGCUCUGGUAACGUUCGCGUUCGGUACAACCAGUGAAUUAUUAAUAGUUAAUAUAAUUCGUCUUCAUACGCGUCUCAUUUUUAUUUCGUUUCCACCGGUCGCGUCAACGUUUAUUAUCGAUUUCUUAAGAUUAAUUUAUAACACAUAAACCCGUCGACUUAACUCCGUCUCCGGCACGACGUACGAUAUUACUACCAUGGUGUCGUGCGCGGUGUCAAUGUUGUUAACCGCGGCGGCUUGGUGCGCGUCCGCCAGCGCCCUAGCCGUCCCGGAAACCGCGACCGCGGUAGCGAACGGCUCGUCGGCAACCGCAGACUGGACCACGGAGUCCGCGAUCUUCGGCGCUGCAAGCGCCUCCGAAUCUCCGCCGACCAUAGUGGUGUACAACAGCACCAUUGGCAGUGGCGAAGACGAUAGCAGGGACUCGAGGUUCCUGAGCUUCACGAUGGGCUCCGAUCAGGCAGCCGGCACCGCAACCAACUCGCUGUUGCAGGAAAAACAGGACGACCCGACCACUGACCCGAGCGCCCAUCUGGUCGACAUCUACACCGACUGUCUGAUGCAGCUGUCGUUCCCGUGCGUCCAGCGCAAGUUGUUGUUGUUCCUGGACAAACUGGGCAGGAUGAAAGGAUUCAGCGUUUUGGGUGAUCUGCUGUCGGUGGUCAGGAUCAAGAGGGACAUGCGACCACCCCUGAACGAGACCGACCUGAUGGCCAGACUCAACACCGUCGACGAACAGAGCGCCCUGUCUGCGCUAAUGGUGCACACCCUCGACCGUUUCAUCGGGUCGCACAUUCUCCGCGUCACUUUGCCAUCCGGAAUCACGGCGGCGCUAAAAGGAAACGCUCGGUCCAUCCCCGGCAACACUUUGGACAUAAACUUGUCUCGGGCCAUCGGAGAAGGCCGAGGAAAGGGAAAAAAAUACAAGAAAAUGAUGCACAUGAUGAUGAUGGGACUGAUGGGCAAAAUGGCGCUCAUGGGUCCGCUGAUGAUGUUGAUGAUCAAGGUGAAGGCCAUUAAAGCGCUGCUCUUGAGCAAACUCGCUUUGCUGAUGAGCUUGGCACAGCUGCUGAAGGGCAAGAAGAGCGGUGGAGGUGGAUCUGGCAAAGAAGUGAUCAUCGUACACGACAACCACGGGGGAGGAGGCGGUGGAGCCGCGGAGUACGGCGCUGGGACAGCGGCAGGAUGGGUGUCCGGUCACACGGCAACAGGUUGGUCGACGGGUGGCGGUGCCGACAGCUACUCGGCGGGAUCGCACAUCGGCGGCGGCGACAACACGUACGCCGGCGGCCAAGACUCCUAUUCAUCAGGCGCCGGAGUGCCCAGUGGCUGGGCGGGCGUCAACGGACACGGCGGCAGCGGAUGGGCGAGAAAGUCCAUGGUGCACGAACCUCAUUGGGUUGCUUACCGUGCUUACAUUCCCACACCCGAAGACGACCACGCCAACGAAAAAUGACUCGAAAAUCUAGACUAAGACACCCGACCCAACGCAUAUUAUUAUUAUAUUAUUGUAGCGUAUAUGACGUACUUCGUAUUAUUAUUCAAUAAUUAUAUUGUGUACAUAAUAGCAUGAUCGCGUUUGUGCAGUAAACACAACAUAUUAUAGUUAAGU